AUGAAUAAGGACAACAUGUACCGUGGUGGUUGCAUGGUGUUGCUGCAGGCGAUUCUCACGCAGGCCUGUCGGACAAUUAUUGCCUUUUGUGUUGUCGCCGACAACAGCAUCCCUGCGAAUAGACGUCUAAUUGCCAUGGCGAGUUCUUAUGUCACAGCAUCCGAAGCGGCAUCUCUUAUUGAAGGCAUGGGCAAGCAUGUACUUUUGACGGCGGUGCAUCUCCUUUGUUGUGAAAAACAUUCUUACAGGGCCUGCCGGCAUUAUCAUGGAGAAUUUGCCGCUGCCGUUGGAGCUAUUCUGCAAGAGUCUUCCUUGCGUUCAAACAUUCUUGCCGCCUUGAGAGAAUUUAUUACGCGGAAAUGGAAGGGCGACGAGGAUUCAAUUCAUCCCUUGCUUCAGCGUGCCUUGUCAGUCAUUCCCGUCGAGUACCCGUCGACUCCCUCUGCCUCCGGGUCCUUGGCCGCUCCUCUGAUGCUUCUACUUCAGGUGUAUCCCGAGCUGGAGAGGGGUGGAACGUCGGCCGAAGUGGACUGCGGCUGCCCCCAUCCGUGGUUCCGAGAGAAUUUGCCGAUCGCGUUAUUGACUCUUUCAAUGGAACAACACGCCCAGAUGUGGCGGCGUACGUCACUUCUACGGAUGACAUUCCUGCGCUGGCAGCAACGUCAUGGCAUGUACUUGUUGCGACGUCUUGCCACCGACACCUCCUUCCCCCCUAUAGAAAUGACCGCAAAGGCCCCAAGCACGGUCCCUAGUGAACAGGCAGAAUGGCCCACGCCUCCGCGACCGCAGGAUGCAGAAUUGAAACAAGACCCAGCAUUUGGUCAUAUAAACAGUAACAAAAAGAGCGGUGACAACAGCAAUAAGUCCAUGUCCAAAAAUUCUGUGAAAAUUUUGGAUAAAGAAAUUACAUUGUCGCAAUCAGUAGCAGGAUUGACAGAGGCUCCUGAAAGCAAAGUAAAUAUGGUUGCUGCGACGAUUUCUAAUGACCCUUGUAAUGUCAAAUUAAUUAGGUCGUUACUUUCGGAGUGUGAUAAGUUGGCUUCGGCGCGGCUUAAACGCCAGGCCUUUCAGACCUGGCGCGACGUCCGCCUCGUGGAGCGUCGUGGCCUCCCAACGUAUUUCUGCCCAGCUUCCAG